AUGUAUGCCUCUUUCGACUCCCUUCCCACUCCUUCCUCGGGCGCUCCUGGGGCCAUGCCUUCGAUCCGUUCUUGGCACCAGCAGCAGCAGCCUUCGAGUAACGUCGCACCCGUCCCCUUGAUCCUUGACUCUUUGGCAGCCAACAAGGUCAACAUAGUUGAAAAUCUCGUCGACACUGCUGCAUUGAUUAUCGAAUCGAUCUGGCCUAGCCCUUCGUUGAGUGCCCAGUUCUCGCUCAAGACGCCAGUGAUCCCGCUGCAUAUCUUUGUCAAGGAGACACUCAGGAGAUCGCGCACCACACUGUCGACCCUCCAGCUUGCGCUUUAUUAUAUCUACCGUGUGCGCUCCCAGGUCUUGGCAGCCCAGGAACGGAUCCGUCUCGACCAGAUCCAGCAUUUUCAGCAGCACAUGGCCGCGCUGCAGCAUGGCUUACCCCCCUCUCCCUGCAUCUCCCUUGACAGCCUGUCCGAAUCAGACAUUCGCCAUACCGACUAUUUUAAUGUGACCAACAAGCCCACCCUCCCGCUCACACCACCUGGCUCCAACAACACCACCCCACCCUCGCUCUCGCCCCUCUCCCACACCUCGAAUGCCUCGGCCUCGCCUGUCCUCGCAAAGUCCGAACCCGUCGGAUGCGGCCGCCGCAUGUUCCUUGCCGCCCUCAUCCUCGCCUCCAAAUUCCAGCAGGACCGCACUUACUCCAACAAGGCCUGGUCAAAGAUCUCUGGCCUGCCCGUCUCCGAGAUCAACCUCAACGAGAUUGCCUUCCUCGCCCUCAUCGACUACCGCCUCUUUGUCUCCCAGUCCGUCUUCCAAAAGUGGGUCGUCGUCCUGACCGAGAAGGGCAAGUUCAAGGAGAGGACUACCAUUGCCCUCAGCAACAGCCACUAUGCCGCCGAUCUCUGCGUUCCCUCCGUGACUCACUCGCCCAUCCCCCGUCGUAAUUCGUCCCAUAUCUCACUCCCUUCGCGUAUGUCCUCCUGCAUUACGCCUUUGUCCCUGGCUCGGCGUCAAGAUUCGUUCCACUCCUCAUCAUCGUCGUCCUCUAUCCCCUUGCCCUCAUUCUCUGCCUUGGCCGGCCCUCACCAACACCAGCAACAGUCCACCGCUGGUAUUUCUCAGCCAUCGUUUCUCAACAACGGUUCCUUCCAGUUUGGACCUGCCCAGACCGAGAUUCCCUUGGGCAAGUCUGGCCAGAGUGGUCUCUUUGAGCCCGAGGCUCUGCCAAGACAGCAACAGGGCAUGGGAUCGUACUUGACCCACCGAUGGGUCGAAGCCCAGAGACGCGAGUUCCUCCGUAACCACGUCAAAGCAACUCUGCCUCGCCUCCCAUUGAUUUCGAGCCCAGUCUCUGAGUUGGAUGCCUCGAAUGGUACCCGCUUGACGAUGAGUGCUACUGGAUCGGACCCUAUGUGGUGUAAGUCGACCGGUGCUUCUCAGCGUCAGGCCCUCCAUGCUAAGUUGGCUGAGAUGAAGCCUGAUUUUUUACCAUCGCCUGCUACUUCGUUCUCGCCUAUGGGCAUGCAGUCGAUGGCUGGCUCGAAGCGUCGUAUGACCGAGUCGGAUGAUGUUGAUGCUAAACGCGAGCUCAAGUGCCAGCGCCGCCUCAGUGUUGCCUUCCUUGUCGAUCUCUAG